AAACCCUAUAAGCACCUCCAGGGCUACGCACUUCUUCCUCUCUAUCGCGAAUCCCUUCCCUGUUCGACACCGGCUACUACGGCGGCGAUUGUGACGGCAGCGGUGACGCAGCUCCUCAGGGGGCACGACCAGGCGACGUCGAACCCGGCUCAGAUCUGCAAAAGUAACUAUCUCCGGCGUUUGAUCACCCAAGAAACGACCUAUCCCGACGACACUAGGAUCUGCAACGAUCCAGCCCUCGGGUCUUUGGAUCUGCUACAGGUACACCUUGACAACCCGAUCUGCGGCGGACGGCGACGACCAUAACUUACGGUAAUUGACUCAGUGCGUUAGUUUCCCUAAAGUUACGAUUCAGCAAGAUUCAAGUCGGCAGCGACGUUUUCGGGAACUUGAACCAUUUGGAUUUGUAGCGCAUUAAGGACCUUACAAGUAUGAAGCCAAUCUUUUGUGGAAACUUUGAGUAUGAUGCUCGACAGCCUGAUCUGGAAAGACUUUUUAGUCGAUAUGGGAAAGUUGAUAGAGUAGAUAUGAAAUCUGGUUUUGCUUUUAUUUACAUGGAGGAUGAGAGAGAGGCUGAGGACGCUAUCCGUGCACUUGAUCGGAGAGAAUUUGGCCGAAAGGGUCGCAGACUACGUGUUGAGUGGACCAAACAAGAGCGUGGCAUUAGAAGACCAGGUGGUGGCAGAGGUGGAGGAGAUUCAAGGAGAUCCUCUACUAAUACAAAACCUUCCAAGACUUUAUUUGUUAUUAACUUUGAUCCAUAUCAUACUAGGACAAGGGAUUUGGAGAGGCACUUCGAUCCUUAUGGUAAGAUAUUGAAUGUAAGGAUUCGAAGGAAUUUUGCAUUUGUCCAGUAUGAAUUGCAGGAGGAUGCCACUAGAGCAUUGGAGAUUACAAACAUGAGUAAAUUGAUGGAUCGAGUGAUUUCAGUGGAAUAUGCUGUUCGAGAUGACGACGAGAAAAGAAAUGGGUAUAGUCCAGAUAGGACUCGUGAUAGGUCUCCCGAUAGAAAACGGCGAUCCCCAAGUCCCUAUAGAAGAGAGCGAGGAAGCCCUGAUUAUGGCAAUGGUGUUAGCCGCAGUCCAUAUAGGAAAGUCAGGGCUAGUCCUGAUUAUGGAAGUCGUCGUAGUCCAAGUCCUUACCAGAGAGUGAGGGAGAGGGGUUCUCCUGAAUAUGGUCGUGGUCGUAGUCCCAAUCAGAGUCCUUACAGGAGAGAGCGAGAGCGAGAGAGAUCAAGUGACCAUGCCAGGGCCCCUAGCCAUAGUCCUUAUAGGAGAGAGCGAGAGAGAUCAAGUGACCAUGUUAGGGCCCCUAGUCAUAGUCCUCCUCCCCAUCAGAGGGAAAGACCAAAUGGUGACCGAGCCCAUAGCGGAAUUCACAGUCCUUACGGGAGAGAGAGGGGCAGUCCUACUGAAGAACAUCGAACUAGCUAUAGUCCUCGUGAUAGAGAGAGGUCAAACCCGGACAAUGGUCAUGAUCAGCGACCAAAUACAAUAGCUGAACCAGGGGAUAGCCCCAGUUAUGGUGGGACUCAGAGCCCGAAGCAUCGGGGGUAUAAGAGCCGUUCACCUCAAGCAGAGGAAUGAAGUUGAUCUCAAUCUGGUUUAGAGAAGAGUACGUUUCUAGUUGUAUAAUGGUUAACAUUUUUAGUGUAAGGGUUUGUUUUGCUGAUUUCUAAACAUUUAUGCUUCAGUUUGUAGCGAUGGUAUGGAUGAUAUAUGCUGUUUGUUGCCAGAUUUGAGUUAACACACAAGUUUGCUCUA